GCAACGCAUGGAUGCAUCGCGAGAUUUAAGCGAAUGGGGACCCACCGUGUGCGUGGGGUUGCUUGGUCGCAGUGCACUGGUGAUGUUCCAGAUGCUGCCCAAGGAAGAAGGCGAUACUGCGAUAGAGCUCUUGUGCACCGUGAAGGAGAAGGACGUCGAGGUGAUUGAAUCGGUUCAACACGUGCAAGCGCACGUCUUGGCGGCGACACCACGGGAUGUCUCUCACAUGCUUAAGGAGGGCGAGCGCAAGCACGGGCUUCUUCGGGUUGAGCUUGUCUGCAGUACCGCAUGGACGCCCACCGACAAAUAUGCGGAGCGUCACAGAGUGCGUCGGUGCAUGCAUGUCAACGCUUCCCUCGCGCGGGUCUACUGGGAUCAAAUGAAUCGGGACAGCUGGCCCAAGUCUUUGCAGGACUGGCACGAGAGUGUGGUUGGCAAGACUCAAAAGCGUGCAGAGGCACCUAAGUUGACGUUGGAAACCCUGGAGAAGGCGAUGAAGGACGUGACCGUCGUCGCUGACCAGAGGGGCUUUUACAACAAGCCUAUCCAUGAUCUAGACACACAUGGACGGGUCAAUCGAAAGACGACUAAACUGGACGAAAAGCCCCUCACGCGAGAAGAGCGCGAAGCCGAAGGGAUCACUUAUGGCGACCAGCAACCGAACAAGAGGAUGCGAGACAUUCCCAGCUACCGGCACAAGCCAUUGACGGCAUUGCUGCGGAACCUGCACCAACUUCUGCCGCUGGAGCGCUGCAACGAAACAGGGCAGCGACCGGCCGGAUGCAGGGAGCGGCAUGCUCCAACGAAGCCGCGAAAGCAAUCCAGCAAAACCGAUGGAGGCAUGUUCAAGUUUGCCCAGCAUGGCAUGGUUCUCCAGCUGGAGGACUUCAUCGAGGAGAAGUGCUUUGUACAGCCGACAGCUGCUGCAGAGGAGCAGGACUUUGGCUUUGUGCCGGCCGAGCUGCACAAUGUGGCCAGGGGCCUUGUUGCUUUCCUGAGGGUCAGAGCGUGCUCUUACGAUAACAUCUCGCCUCACAAGAAGACGGAGCAUUGGAGCCAUUGCUUGGAGUGGUGGGGUUUUUGGAUGUCGGACGAGGAAAUCCAAGCCGUGGCUGCACAAGCGACGUCCCUUGCAUUUACGCACAUGCGCUAG